AUUCAAUUGGCUAAUAGAUGUGAAUAAAAGGUGAAGUUAACGGGGUCGUUUCAUUAAUAAAUUGCAGUGCAGGAUAUGACAUGUACACUAAAGACGCGGAAGAAGAGUAGCACUGAAAACGAAUGCCCAAAAACACACAGAUGAAGAAACCCGGAGGAGCAGAGAAGAAGAAGGCGAGACGAUCAUCGGUAGCUUCACAGAAUGGCGUCAGAGAUCCCAACUCCGACACCCCUCCUAGGAAACAAGCUGCAAAGAAAGAUGUGUUUCAGUUGUUUGCUGAGAAGGUGAGGGACCAUAAGGAAUUGGUGUCUAGAUGGGCUGUUUUACAGGAAACACGGGUCGAAUAUUUUAGAGGGAAGGAUUUUGUUAGCUUUUUGAAAAACCAUCCAGAGGUUAAAGAAGUACUGGAAUCAGAAAGAAAUCUAGAAGCUGAGGAUAUUGCCAACUUUUUAUUAAGAAAGAAUCUUCUGGUGAGAUGUGACCGUGUGGUGAAAACUGUUCGUCCAGGGAAGAAAAAGUUGUCUACUUGGCCAGCACAUUUGGAGAUUUUCCCUGAGCAAGUUUUUUCUGAAAAUGAUGCCUUCUUUGCAUGGGCAUUUGUAAAACGGAGGCCACUAUGGCAAACGCUUCUCUCAAUUUUGUGGCCUGUGUUGACACUUGCAAUUUGUUUGUUUCCUGUAUAUCCACAUCGGUGCAAACUACUAAUACUCUACUCAUGUGCUGGGAUUCUUCUGUUGAUUCUAUCCUUGCUUCUAUUGAGAGCCACAAUAUUUGGUGCUGCAUGGAUUAUUCUUGGAAAGAGAGUUUGGUUCUUCCCUAACAUCCUUGCUGAGGAAGCAACUCUGAGAGAGUUGUUCCGUUUCUGUCCCAAGAAAGAUGAGGAGGAGCCACCAAAAUGGACAGCAAGACUUUUCUAUGCAAUAGUAGCUGUGCUGGUCAUCCUUUUGCUAAGGCACCAUGCUCCUGAUGAGGCUGCUAGAGCCAGGUAUCAGAAGCGGGUAUCAAACAUAAUUGAUGAUGUCCUGGAGUGGUCUCCAAGCCUGGCUCUCUCUGGGAUGAUGGAGAAACAACAACCUGUGGUUAAUGCAACAGAGACUGCCAGCAAUUUUUCAAACGAAAGCGAGUCUGGCUCGGAGAAGGUUAUCCCUCCAGAUAGCAAGGGAGGAGGAUCGGUAUCGGAGCAACCAGAAGGUGAAGACGUGGUAAGUGUUGAGGAAACUGACCAACACCAACAUCAGCAUGAUAGUAUAUGAUGAUCGACAGAGAACCAUCACAUGCCUAGUAGAUGGUAUUGUAGUGCCUGUUUUGAAUCUUCUCUAAAAUUUUGAGUGUAAAACUAUUUUACGAUAAAAAUAAAAUAUUAGUAGGAUAAGUUUGUGGUUUCCCAUAGACUACAGCGCUAACUGUAAGACAGUUCAUUUGAUAUCCAUAUUUCUACCAUUUCCACUAGGAACGCACCUGAGAAAAUUUUCGCGCUAAUUGAUGGAAAGA